CAACCAUUUCCAGCCGUUUUAUUUUGGUGCCAAGUCCGUGACAAUUUUUGUUGUGUUAUUUUUAGGCAUUCUGUCAGUUCUGUUGAUCGGCGAAACAACUGAGCAAAAUAAAAAUAUUUUAACAGGUUUACGCGUAGAAAAGCAGUAAGGUCUUCUUGACCAUAUCUUUUUAAUACAUGAAAAACUAAAGUGUGCCAAAAAUACGAGGAGAAAAGUGUCAACAGUCAACAGAACCUGUUUCAACUUAAAGAAAAUUCAAGACAGAGCCAAUAUGAAUUUGUUGUUGGUGUUCUCUCUAAUAUUGAUAGUACGACUUGCUUCGGUGUUUAUAGUACAAACAUACUACGUGCCGGAUGAAUAUUGGCAAAGUUUGGAAGUUGCUCAUAAAUUGACCUUUGGCUAUGGAUACUUAACGUGGGAAUGGGUUCAAGGAAUCCGCAGUUACCUCUAUCCAUUAUUAAUUGCUGGAAUUUACAAACUAUUAGCCCUGCUGAACUUAGAUUCCGCACACUUGUUGGUGAUUACACCACGCAUUCUACAAGCACUUUUUUCCGCGUACUCAGAUUAUAGAUUCUAUAUUUGGUCCGGAAAAAAGAAAUGGGCACUCUUUUUAAUACUUGUACCAUGGUUUUGGUUCUAUACCGGCUCAAGAACAUUAUCCAAUACCUUGGAAGCGUCAUUAACAACUAUCGCUUUGAGUUACUUCCCUUGGAGUGGGGAGAGCACAACUUAUUUAUGGUUUGCAGCAAUUUGUUGUUUCCUAAGACCAACGGCCGCCGUUAUAUGGAUACCAUUGUGCAUUUAUCAUUUACGUAAAAGCCAUUUAUCAGCAACUGAACUGAUCUUUAAACAUUUCGCGGUAAUAGGGCUCUUAGUAGGCGGACUUUGUGUGGCUAUUGAUACCUAUUGGCAUGGUAGGUUGAUUAUUACGCCAUAUGAAUUCUUCAAGUACAAUGUACUACACAAUAUUGGCAGUUUCUACGGUUCCCAUCCAUGGUAUUGGUAUUUCACUGUGGGCUUACCAACUGUAUUGGGUAUCAAUACAUUACCAUUUAUAUUUGGUGUUAUGGAAACUGUACGCUCUAAGCAAAAUUAUCCGGUACGAAAACAAUUACUUAUCAUAAUUUUGCUAUCGUUAGUCGUAUUAAGCACGAUUGAACACAAGGAAUUUAGAUUUGUGUCAUCUUUGUUGCCACUUUGCCUUUACAUCACAGCCGAUACGCUUACGCGAUGGAGUUAUAAUGCUUCCAGAACUAUACUUUGGUUUUGCGCGAUAGUUAUAGUGUUUGGUAAUGCACUGCCAGCAUGGUAUUUAAGUACUGUACAUCAGAAGGGCCCACUGGAAGUAAUGACUAAUGUUCAACGAAUUGCUCGUGAUUACAGGGAUGAAAAUGAACAUCGGGCUAGUAUACUCUUCUUAAUGCCUUGCCAUUCAACACCGUACUAUAGUCACGUCCAUGAAAAUGUUACAAUGCGAUUCCUAACAUGUGAGCCUAAUUUGAAGAAUACACCAAAUUACAGCGAUGAAGCCGAACAAUUUUAUCAGGCGCCUGUUAAUUGGUUACGUUCUCAUAUACCCUCAUAUCCGCGUACAGCAAUGCCUUCGCAUAUUGUGCUUUAUGAACCAUUAGCACCAGUUAUAAAUGAAUUUCUGGUUAACUAUAAAAUUUUGCAUCGCAUUUUCAACGCUGAAGUAAACGAAAAUGUUGCGCCUCAACAAUUAUUAGAUGAAUGGUCAAGAAUAUUGAAAGAGAAGGACGUAAACGUUGAGACUUUACUUAAGCAAGUACGCAAUCGUGUAGGUAAAAAUAUUUUGGUGUAUCAACGACUUCGCGCAGGAGAAGAAAAUACCUUUAAUAGAGAUGAAUACAAAAAAUCCACAGACAACCUUUCACAUAGAUCAGUGGUAAAAGAGGAUAUUCCAAUUAAUAACAACGAAGAAGAGAACAAUCACAAUAUCUUCAAUUGAAAAAUAAAACAGUAAAACGUCAACAUUUCUUAGCCAAACGUAAAUAAGUCGGUACUAUUAAAUGUAAAGAAAAAAACUCUUUUUAGCUUUUAUGUUUUUGGUAUCUUGAUGAUGCAAUAUGAAAACAAAAUCAAAGAAUGAUAUUAUUUUUGUUUCUAAAAGAAACACGUAACAGCUAAGUAGUGUGAAGGUAGUUUUGCUCAUAUAGAUGUGAAUUUACAUACAAACAAAUUUUGGUAAUAAUUAUUUUGUGUUUAUUUAUUUCGUAUAUGAUUAUACUAUUUAAUUCGUUUUUAAAAAAUACAGACUUUACAUAAUAUUUUGUCAUUAAAAAAUAUCAGCUCAUAAGUCCAAACCACCGGUACAACAUUAAUGAACAUUUUUGCAUGUCCAAGCGUUUGGCUUAAGAGCCUGAAUAAUAUACAUAGAAUUAUGUAGUUUAAAGCAAAAA